AACCUAACCUAAAAAUGACACACAUAAAGGUUUUGACAGUUCGAUUCAUCAAAAGCCACAUUCACAAAAACAAGUUAAUCAAACUCAUUGAUUUGGCUAUUGUUAUUUUUCUUCUGCAUUGUUUAUCAUCAUUCAUCAUAUUUACGAAAUCAGUGGAAUUGGCUAGCAGUGAAAAUGUCGUUAGAGGAAAAUCCAAUAGAAGAGUCGGAAACGAUUCAAACACCAGUUGAAACUGAAACGAAACAAUCAAAAGAUCGAAAAAGUCGCAAAGAUAAAGUCAAACCGCUAGCAAAGGUUGUAGUGCGUCGCCUUCCGCCAACAAUGACCGAAGAGGAACUGCUCAAACAAAUCGAACCAAUACCAGACCAUGACUACUUUUAUUUUGUGCCGGCGGAUUGGUCACUCGGUGUGAAUGCCACAUGUCGUGCGUACAUCAAUUUUUGCAAUCAAAAUGACAUCUUCAUCUUCCGCGACAAGUUCGAUGGCUAUGUGUUUGUGGAUAAAAAGGGCUCGGAAUAUCCGGCCAUCGUUGAAUUUGCACCAUUUCAAGGUUUACCCAAAGGUAAAUCGCGGAAAAAAGACCACAAAGCCAAUACCAUCGAAAGUGAACCACAUUUUUUGGCAUUCUUGGAAUCGCUGAAGGAUGAAGAAACCGAGGGUAAAAGUGAACUCAAAAUGGAAUACUCCUUUCAACUCAAAGACGACCAGAAGAUUACAUCCACUCCGUUGUUGGAGUAUUUGGCUAAUGUGCGACAAGAGAGACGAGAUGAGCGUAAACGAAAGAUUGAAGAUAAGAAGCGGCAGCGUGAAGAGGAAAAACAACGCAAGAAAAAUCAACUGGCAAAAUCAAUGCCCAAAACCAUUGAUGAGGAUGCCAAGGAAAACGAUGACGGCAUUAUUGUGCGUACAAUCAAAUCGCGGCCAUUAGAUCGUGACCGAAAUAAAAAUGCGGAUAAAGAGAAAAAUGAAAAGUCUGAAAUCUCGCGAUCGGAACGGGAAAAACAGAGAAACAAGGAGCGUCAGGCUCGACGCAAAGAGGAACGGGAGCGCAACCGGAAAGAUCGCGAAAAAGAAAAAGAGGAGAAGAAAGCAGCCGCUGCUGUGAAUGACAAACCGGACACCGAACUAAAGGACUCAAAGAACGAUAAGGAUGGCGCUGAAAAGGUUAAGAAAUACAGCGAAAGUCGACGUGAUAGGAAAAAACGCAAUGAGUCUGGCUCAAAGUCUACGCAGUCGAAGACUGAUCACAAAGAAUCAGCUGAUGCACAAGCAGAUGGACAGCAAAGCAUUUCGACCGAUGACAACAAAAACAAUAAUACCGAGACGAAGCAACAGCGAGAGCAACGUGAGCAAAAAGAGCGUUCAAUUUCCAAUUUGAAAAACAAAGAUCGGCCAUCGCUGCAGAUUUACCAGCCGGGCAAGCGUCGUACAAACAGUUCAUCGUAUCCGGGUGAUGAGGCCAGCGAAAAUAGAGGUGCUACGACUCCCGAAAACGAAAGUUGCAGCAAUCAGAUCGGUAAUUCCGAGAAGCCAGCGUCGUCGUCGUCGAAGAGUGGUGAUAGCCGAAAGCGUACUGAAUCUAAAGAAUCUUCCAAAAAUCAAAGUGAUGAUCGCAAGAAACCAGCAAAUGAGAAAAGAAUAAGCCGUUAUUCGGAGAAACGAAACAAAGCCAAGGAAAAGCGUGAUUUGACUGAUAAUCCAAUUGUAGCUAGUGACUGCAAUUCAAACGAUGGAGAGAAAAACAAUGAUUUCUCUUGAAAAUCUUGUCGAUGCAAAUAAAUUGCGGUGCGCACAGCCUUAUUGAAUAAAAAAAAUGCGAAAAAAAAUUCUUUGAAA